AUGGCUAAAAAGAGAAAGGCUGGUAAAGCAAAGGACGGCGUCGCCCCUCGUGCGUCCAAAACCGACUAUACCUACGAUGCGGCCGAGACCUUUGACGACUCUCAAGACGAGUUUUUUGCCGGCCGAGACAAGAUCCUCCUCGACGAGGGACCUGCGGCAAAGCGGCGGCGGAGAGUUGAAGAACAGGAACAGGACCUACAGCCGUCGGACGAGGAGGUUUACCAGGACUUAGAGUCAGAACCUGAGUCCGCGGUGGAUGAGGACGAUGAUGAUCUUGACCAGGAAUCAGCCGAUGAAGAGGCCGAUCUUGGAGGCCGCAAACGCCGUCAAAAUGGAGCAGGCGAGGAAGAAGACGACGACGCGGAUGACCUUAACUGGGGCACAUCCAAGGCGGACUAUUACAACGCAGACGUGAUCGAGACGGAGGCCGAUGCGCUCGAAGAAGAAGCAGAGGCGCGCAGGCUACAGCAGAAACAAUUGAAGAGCAUGACAGAAGCAGACUUCGGCUUUGACGAGACUUCCUGGGUCGACGACAGCAGACAAACCUCAGAGAAACAGAGUCGCGCGGCAGUGGAAAAGCUUCCUGAUGUCCAAGUCCCAGAGAACGCCACUGUCGAGGAACGAUUGCAGAUGCUCAGAUCUCGAUACCCCGAGUAUGAACCGUUGACGAAGGACUUUCUGCGAUUACAAGACACGUACCACAAACUGAAAAAGGAGGCUGAAUUGGCAAGGACCGGCGCUGCAGAGGAGAAUCGGCACUCGGUGUCUGUGACCAAAUUCCGCGCUCUCUCUGCAUACCUUGGUUCCGUUGCCAUGUACUUGGCACUUCUCACAUCCACGUCCGGGAAGACCGGUAUGGCUCUGCCGCCAGGGGAAUUGCGUGAUCAUCCGGUCAUGAAGUCCUUGGUCCGGUGUCGAGAACUCUGGCUCAAGGCCGAGGCCCUUCGUCCGAUCGAAGUACAGGUCUUGCCAGAAGUUGAAUCAGCGCCAGUAACGGACAAGCCGGUUUCGGUGCCAAAGAAAGAUAAAAAGGACAAGGAGAAAAAUAAGAAGAAGAAAGACAACCCCAAGCGGAAAACAUCCCCGUCUCUGUCCCCGUCUCCGUCUCCGAUACCGUCCAUGCCGGAACUUUUCGCCACAGAAAGCGACGUUAAACCAAAAAAGAAGUCAAGGAAGACGAAGCGAAACGACCUCCAAGACCUGCUGGAGAAGUCUCUCCAGCAACCCGUCGAAGACGAAUCGGACUUUGGCGACGAAGCUGCACUGACGCAGGAAGAAGCGGCAGAAAAGGCCCGACGGAAGAAGAGUCUGCGGUUCUACACAUCGCAGAUUGCCCAGAAGGCGAACAAACGAGGCGCCGCAUCACGACAGGCCGGCGGCGACGACGACGUCCCGCAUAAAGAACGAAUGCGCGACAAGCAGGAACGUCUGACGCGCGAGGCAGAGCAGCGAGGCAGAUCCGACGCUCAGGGCAAAGAAGCGCUCGGUGCCGACGGAAACGACGACGACGGCGAUUAUGAUAGUGGCCCUGAUGCCGCUACGGGCAGACACCUCAACGACGAGGCCAGUGAAUACUACAACUCUCUGGUGGCUAGUAAGCAGCAGAAGAAGGCCGAGAAGCGCGCGAAAGCGGAGGCCUAUGCGGAAGCUGCCAGACAGGGUGCCGAAGUGCAUGAAGAAGAACAGAUCGGGGAGGAUGGCAAGCGUAAGAUCACGUAUGCGAUCGAGAAGAACAAGGGACUGGCGCCGAAGAGGAAGAAGGACGUCCGCAAUCCUCGCGUCAAGAAGAGGAAGAAGUAUGAUGAGAAGCUCAAGAAGUUGGCUUCGAUUCGUCCCGUCUACAAGGGCGGCGAGGGCAGAGGGGGCUACGGCGGUGAAGCGACGGGCAUCAAGACCAAUGUUGUCAAGAGUAUCAAGUUGUGA